GUGGCUGUGAUUUAUAAUCUGGGGUGGCUCUCUAGAAGAGGCACACAUAGUUCUGUGUGCUGAGUGGCACUAUUCCAUCUGUGGCAGAUUCCCUGUGGUGGGAGACAAUGUCUCAGAGCAAAGGCGUCGUGGUCCUUGCCUACAGCGGGGGGUUGGACACUUCGUGCAUCCUGGUCUGGCUGAAGGAACAAGGCUACAAGGUCAUCGCCUACUUGGCCAACAUUGGACAAGAGGAUGAUUUUGAGAAGGCAAGAAAGAAAGCACUUUCCUUGGGAGCCGAAAAGGUUUACGUUGAAGAUAUCAGCAGAGAGUUUGUGGAGGAAUUCAUCUGGCCGGCGGUCCAAGCCAACGCGAUUUACGAGGACAGAUACCUCCUGGGCACCUCACUGGCCAGGCCCUGCAUUGCCCGUAAGCAGAUGGAAAUAGCGCAGAAAGAAGGUGCCCAGUAUGUUGCCCAUGGAGCUACAGGCAAGGGUAAUGACCAAAUUCGCUUUGAGCUCACCUACUAUGCCAUCUGCCCUCAGAUCAAGAUCAUUGCUCCUUGGAGAAUGCCGGAAUUCUACAACCGCUUUCGAGGCCGAAGUGACCUCAUGGAAUAUGCCAAGGAGCAUGGCAUCCCUAUUCCAGUGACGCCCACCAAUCCAUGGAGCAUGGAUGAAAACCUUAUGCACAUCAGCUAUGAGGCCGGGAUCUUGGAGAACCCUAAGAACCAGGCACCCCCUGGCCUUUACAAAAGGACAAGAGACCCUGCUACAGCCCCAGACACUCCAGACAUCUUAGAGAUUGAAUUCAAGAAGGGUGUCCCCAUCAAGGUCACCAAUGUCGAAUACGGCACUGCUCACCAUUCGUCCCUCGAGCUCUUCGUUUACCUGAAUGAAAUUGCUGCCAGGCAUGGUGUUGGGCGCAUUGACAUCGUGGAGAACCGGUUCAUCGGAAUGAAGUCUCGAGGUAUCUACGAGACUCCGGCGGGGACCAUACUGUACCACGCUCAUUUAGACAUUGAGGCCUUCACCAUGGACCGGGAAGUGAGGAGAAUCAAGCAAGCAUUGGCCUUGAAAUUUGCUGAGCUGGUGUACAAUGGUUUCUGGUACAGCCCAGAGUGUGACUACAUCCGCCAUUGCAUUGUCCAAUCCCAAGAACUUGUGGAAGGGACGGUACAGGUCUCUGUCCUGAAAGGCAAGGUCUACAUUUUGGGAAGGGAGUCCACACAGUCCUUGUACAAUGAGGAGCUAGUGAGCAUGGAUGUCCAGGGCGAUUAUGAGCCAUCAGAUGCCACCGGCUUUAUCAACAUUAACUCCCUUCGGCUGAAGGAAUAUCAUCGACUCCAACGCAAGGUCAAAGCACAGCAGAAAUAAUAUAAUGGGUGGGGUGGGGGCUGCAGGCUUUUUCUUUUCCCACCCAGCUAACACACCUAUGUGCCACUCAGGGCUAAUUGCGGUAGUAAUUGGUAAUAGUUACUCAUCUCCCUGUGCCUUGAGGGAUCCCACAAUGGUUUUGUUACAGUCUUUUAGUGGCACCAAUGAAAUGGGAUCAAGAAAAAGGUGGUUGGUGGAAAGGCGGGAGCAUCACCACGCUUGUCAGUUUGCACACAAAUAUGUUAUUAAAAUAUCUGUGCCAUUAUUUCUGGAAUCUUAAUGAAUGGGACCUCCUUUCUUUCUGUUUUGCUUCUGACUUUUUCCCUCACACUUAUUCAGCCAAGCUGUUUUGCCAAGCUUUAGUCUUUGUCCUUUCAUACGAGUUUAAGUGCAUCUGAAGGACAUGCUGGAUUGGGCUUGCUUUUUUGUGUGUGUGGGUGGGAGGGAAGAAGCAGCAAAAGGAAAGAGGGCCCUGGACUCUACCCAAGCCCAUCGCUCCACCUGUGGGGAGACUAAAGGGAAAAUGGAAUGGGGGUGGUUGAGGGAGGUGAAGAAAUAAAAUAAUUCCUUCCAUUUUGAUCACCACUAAGAGCAUUGCUUUCUUUGUCUUUGCAUUAAUUGCAACGAGGUCUGCUUUAAUUUCACCCUUUAAAAGAAGUCCCUUUAUUAAAAUGAAUUUCUCAAUUUGUUUUUGCCUCCAACCCCCCAACCCCCCCGGCCACCGCCGCCCACAUCCCUACAGGGAUGCUUCAGUUUGAAAAUAAAAAUCAAGGUAAAAAAGGAUAGAGAAAAAUGGAGAAGGUUGCGUGGUGGGGAAAUGUGGAAUUUUUCAAUAUUCCAAUUGCAGCGUCAACUGUGGACUUGAACUGGUUCCAGAAGAGCUUGAAACAUAGAAGGAAAAACCAAUGAGAAUUAGAUUUGCUUGUGCUACUGCAAGGUACAAAAGUGUGUUUAGAGGAAAACUUAUAUCCUGCUCGGUAGAUAUUGAGCUUGAUGUCACACAGCUGAAAGGGUGUAAAACCAAGAGAGAGUAAUCUGUAACCUUCUAGGUGUUCUUGGACUCAAGCUCCCAUUGUCCCUAAAUAGGGGUGGAAAGAUUAGUCAUUUCCAGUUCUCUCAGUUUCUCAUUUUUCUGUUCUUAAAUUCAGUUUUCCACAACGCUCAAAUAAACAAAUAAUUCCUCAUGAAAAUUCA